GUGAGGGGUCCUCCUGGACAAGAACAGCACCAACAGAUGAACUGAUAGAGAUCAAAACUUUAAAGUACUUGUUUCAAGCAAUGAAUAUGCUUUUGUAGUCUGAGUCUUACACGCCGUCAGCGGGACAGCCAUACUAGACAAGAGCCACGGAAGUCGUUGUCGUUCCGGAUGUGAUCGCAGCGCUAUUUUGAAGACGGGGGAGAAAAAGCACGGCGUUUCGCAGUAAGUUUCUUCGACGACCACCGAUUACAAAAUGAAGCAACCCGUAGACGCGGAUUUCUACGACCCCGAGCAAAUGGGAACCAGCAAGCGCCUAUGCUUUGCAAACAUGUCUGGGUCUCGAAGAUUGAUGCAAGAUUUCUUCUUCUUGUCACGCUUGCCUCGCAUGAUUAAGUAAGAUUAUUCAUUGCAUAAAAUUAUAAAACACACGCUUCCACGACGCUACAGCCGUUCACCUAUAGGCCCCCGAUGCCCUAUCGAUAGGGCAACUUCGUAUCGGAGGCAUCAGCAUGCAGGUCGGGCAAAGAUGAAAUUGAAAAAGUUGCGAGGGCUUCAGCAAAAAACUUGCGCGGAAGGAAAUUUCUCUUCGCCGCGUGCUACGCUGAAUAAAUUUUGCCUAUAGAUAGGCCUCUGAGAGCCUAUAGUGUAUAGGUUGGCUGGGUUCGUUCACCAUGCCAUGCAGGAUUCGAUAUUUUUCUCAAAGCUUGACUUUGAAAAAAAAAAAUGCAAUGAGUUCAUGCAAAACGCAAUCACAGUGGUAUAGCCGUUCACCUAUAGGCCUCCGAGGGCCUAUAGAUAGGGCAAUCUUGUAUCGAAGGCAUCAGCAUGCAGGUCGGGCAAAGAUGAAAUUGAAAAAGUUUCGAGGGCCUCAGCAAAAAACUUGCGCGGAAGGCAAAUUUUCUUCGCCGCGUGCUACGCUGAAUAAAUUUUGCCUAUAGAUAGGCCUCUGAGAGCCUAUAGGUUGGCUGGGUUCGUUCACCAUGCCAUGCAGGAUUCGAUAUUUUUCCCAAAGCUUGAGUUGGAAAGAAAAAAGUGCAAUGAGUUCAUACAAAACGCAAUCACGGUGGUAUAGCCGUUCACCUAUAGGCCUCCGAGGGCCUAUAGAUAGGGCAACUUCGUAUCGGAGGCAUCAGCCUGCAGGUCGGGCAAAGAAGAAAUUGAAAAAGUUGCGGGGGCUUCAGCAAAAAACUUGCGCGGAAGGCAAUUUUUCUUCCCCGCGUGCUACGCUGAAUAAAUUUUGCCUAUAGAUAGGCCUCUGAGAGCCUAUAGGUUGGCUGGGUUUGUUCUCCAUGCCAUGCAGGAUUCGAUAUUUUUCUCAAAGCUUGACUUGGAAAGAAAAAAACGCAGUGAGUUCAUGCAAAACGCAAUCACGGUGGUAUAGCCGUUCACCUAUAGGCCUCCGAGGACCUAUAGAUAGGGUCACGCGGAGUCGGGCGCGUCAAGAUUUAGGUCGGGCGUAGACAAAUGUGAAAAAGUGACGCACUCCACAAAAAAAAGCGCGCAUGUAGGGCAUUCUUUUUUCGGCGCAUGUUGUGCUGGAUAUUUUUUGCCUAUAGAGAUACCCUUGAGACCCUAUAGGCUGGCUCGGUAUGGUCUCCUGACCGUGCAGAAAGUGAAAGCAGUAGGAAAAUAAAAAAUUUUUGGAAGCAAAAACCGUAUAUGCGUGUGCACGAUGAAAAGGUCCUUUUUAUGUUUGUCAUGCAGUAACGCAGUCUGUCAUGCAAAAUGCGCAAGCAGAAGUAGCUACGCAAAUGCUUCUCAUGCUUGGGUGUGCGUUACACAGGUUCCAUCUCGCUUAUUCACCACGACCAAUCUUCGACCACGGCUAGUACUCCGGAUCGCAAUCGAUGGAGGGCGGGACCUGCACCGGCGACAGGCGCUACCCAACCAACCAACCAAUCAAAUAUACAAACUUCUAGACCCAGAUGGAGAUUUGAAAUGCAUAGCGGCAAGCGGAGCCCCCACCCGACCUGGGGUUCGUCAAGUACGUGCUGAAUUUAUGAACUGCAAAAGUAUCGUACUCGUAUAAAUGCAUUACAAAUUUGCUAAAUAAAAUUUGUAAUGCGGGUUUGCCUCAAGAAAAAGAUUUGUAAUGCAAGACUUGCAUUCAUACGAAUACGAUACUUUUGCACAGGAUAGAAUUUUUUCGUUCCGCCAUUGCUUGUCUUCCUCAUCAUCGCGCUGCUGUGUAACGUAUCAACUGCAAAUAUGAUGUCUGGCGUUGGAAAGAUCUAAGGUCUGCCAUGCUUGGCUAACAUGACACGCAAGUCUGUCAUGCGUGUUACCCAAAAAGAAAAACUACCCCACUUUCCUGUCAUGCAGAAGCUCGCUUUGUCAUGCAAAAUAAACAACACUGUAAGCACCGCCAAAACUUGUCAUGUUGGGCAUUCAAUUGAAGAGUCCGCGUCUUUCUCAAGCAGCAUCAUAAGUUUCCAGACCCAGACACUUCUGCUUUUGAUAUAAGGAGUCCAGGUACAUCAAGCCUGCGGGCACAAUUACGGUGGUGUCGGUGAUUGUGGGCGUCUUCGGCGCUGUCGUGUUGUACCUCUUCUUCGUCGCCAGAAAGCACUAUAUCCAACGAAAAAAGUGUUACAGUUACACAUUUGUAGUGAAUUCAGCAACACAAAUUUCUCUGCAUGAGAGAGAGAGAACUUGUAAUGCGGAAAUCCUACGGCUACCGGAAAACAUUUAUGAAACGAGGCUCCUAUGCAUACUUAUCCGGCAUGACAGAGCUUGUCUGUCCUGCUUGGCCUGCAAGACAGUGUGUAACUGUAUACACUUUUUUCUUGCGAUACACUACGCCACGGUCAUCGUCCUGUUCGCCGCACUGUUUUACGGCUGCUUUGUCGGGGAGGGCAUGUAAUAUUAUUGGAAGAAAUUAUGGAUCGAGUUGAUGUUUCUGUUUGUGGUUCUCCAUGUCACUUUGAUUUUUCAUGCUUGUACUAAGAAGAAGAAAACUGGUUCCGAGGAUAGAAUACUGAAUUGCUUGAAAAAAAAAUCCAACCACCAGAUUCAAACACGAGUUGCGGCCACUGUAUGCGUAUCCGAUACAAAAUGAUUUAGGGUAAUCUGGACCAUCAACAUCUGGGGAUCGAAUGUGACUUGUUUUAUCAACUCGAACACUGUGAUGUAGUUUCUCUUUCUGUUCUCGAGCACCAGCUGCAGACCGCAUGCUCUGAGGUCAGUAGACCCUGGUACAUUUUACUUCCCGUAGUUGCAUACUCCGAUGCGGGCGAUGCGCGAGCGCACGGGGAUCGACGUCAGCAAUACGGAUGCGAAGUCCCUGCAGGACGCGGGGAUUGUUUAUUUCAAGGAGGACACUUUCGUGGAUGUGAACCGUGGAAUGAGCUACCGUAUGAAACGGAACAUGUUGCAAAAGCUUGUCAUGUGGAGGUACUUAUACCAGCAUGGCAUGACAGAAGUAACAGCAGAGCAGCCUGCAUUCAUAAGCAUUUGAUUUCUACUCCAGGAUCGCAGGAUAGAUCUUGUCAUGUUUUCUAUCCCUAUGUAUUUGUAACUCGUACAAGAUGAUUUUUGUGACAUCGUGUAUACACUAGUCCGAUGACGUCUACUGUGUGGCGCCAAUCUCCCUGAAGAACGCGAACAUCGGAGUCUACCAGUACUUAUGAGAGAAGUGCACAACCCCCCUCGUCCCCCUCAUUUGUAUAGCAUGAACAGCAAUACAAACACGACCACAAGUGGAGCCUCUGCAUGACAAGUUUGUGUGCCUCAUGUAGAAGUACUGUUUGGGCUCCUUCCGGAAUCUGUCAGGCAUAAUAGUGAUACAAGGAUGCAACUGGAUUUGGGAUUUUGCAUGAGAAAUAAGAACGAGGGGGGGUUGUGCAUUGUCAUAGUACUUCGCGGUGGGCGUGAAUUGUUGCCGCACCGGCGACCCCAGUUUCGAGGGAUGCGGUAAUAAUUAUGACUCUGUUGGGCAUUUUGCAUGACCAAUGCUGUUGCGCUUGUGGAACGUGCAUGACAAAGAACUACAACACAACUAACUACAACUCUGCAGUCGACGCCCCGACGAAGAUAUCAAAUGCAAAAGUGUCUGGGUCUGGAAGGUCACAACUUGUGAUGCUGUCUGUGGAUUCUAAACAAAAUUUGUAUUGCAUGACCCGCAAGAGGGGUCGGGUUUGUCCUAGGUGGAGAGGGCAUUUCUCAUGCGGUAGAGGUAUCACAAACCCCUCUAAAAAUCUGUGAUGCUACGGCAUGCAUCACAGACAUCAUGGCUCAUGGAAAAUAUGCAUGACAAAUCUAGAAAUCUUCCAGACCCAGACAUUUUUGCAUUUGAUAGAAGACAGCCGGCAACGCGAGGCCAGUGAAAGCGGGCAUGCGGGUGGUCUUUAUCCAGGAAAAAAACUUUUUUUAGUGUACUAACGGUCUUCCAGUAGCAGCUUGACAAAUUUCAAUUUGCUCUGCAUGUCAGAGAAACUCUCUCAUGCAUGGCUAGUACGUGAAAACCAAAAGCAAAACGCGUGUGAGAAUGAGACUUCAUUGCUGUCUGGCAUGACAAGUGUAAGUUGUAAAUGCGUCUUCUGCAUGACAGAUUUACACUAUCACAGUUUUUUUCAUGGGAUAGCGUUCCCCGAGCAACUGCCGUACUACCGGCUCGCAGUGGAGCAAGCCGAGGCAGAGUACAACUUUCAAGCGAGUUAUGCAAGAAAAAAACACCAUCACAAUCACGUUUAGCUGAUUUUGCCUCACAAAUUUGUGUCGCAUGACAAACUUUUCUUGUAUUGCAAAAACAUGAAGGAAAGUCCCCCUCCCCUGUGUAUAUUAAACACAGGGGACUUUCCUUCAUGUUUUUCUAUAACUACAGUCAAGACUUAUACUAUAAGUCUUGACUGUGAUGCAUUUUUGCGCAUGACGUAUUGCAAAAAUGUGCAAAAGUGAUUGCGAUGGUGUUUUUUUCUUGCAUACGAGUUCCGAGCAGCUGCUGUUUUUUCACUUCGUCAAGGACCCCGUCGCGGAAGUGCUCAACUUCGAGCAGUAUUAACUGCAAAAGCAUCGUACUAACUAGUAGUGAUUGCAAUUAUAGUACAAAUUAGGUUAGCAUGACAUAUCGAAUUUGUCAUGCUGAUCGCGCUUGGGAAGGAGAUUUGUCGUGCAUAAUUGCGAUUACACCGAGUGCGAUAUUACUUUUGCACUGCAUAAGCAGCGCGGCCUGGUCGACCGGGUGCGGGCAAACACGAUGUUCUCCCUAGCGAACUUUCUGCUCGCGCUAUCCUGUGUAAAAAGGUUCCCACCCCAGAGUUGUCAUGCAGAUUUGCGAUCACAGGAACAUUUGUCAUGCGCAUCCCCAAGGGAGGCACGUCCAAUCGUGUUUUCGCAUUUGUAAUGCUGCAAACAGGAUAAGCGGAUGGAUUUAAGAUGCGCUUGUCCUUGCCAACAUGCACUACACUACGGACUGCAACUUGUCAUGCGUAGCUCCCAAAACUUCUGGACUUGUGUUGCUAAGUUCCCAACUUGACUAUGGGGUGGGGACGUUUUUACAUAUGAUGCGCGCCGUUCCUGACCUGGGCGAUAACGUCGUAAGACUGAAGAACACUGCUGGUUUCGAACAUGAUUUCAAUCGUACGAAACAAACCUCCCACUACCUCAACCAUGAUUUUCCGUUUCAAAAAAUUUAAUGAAAAGAAGGCCUAGCGGUGUAAUACUAAUAAGUAGAUUAGUACUCGCUCCGCCCGGGGCUGCGUACUGUGGAGACGAUGAAAGCGAUCCCAAAAACAAAUGCGAAGCAAAAAGUCUCACUUUCAGCGACCUCCGUGUUCCGCCAACAUCUAGC